UGUUACCUGUUACCUUCUAUUACGGUUCGUGCCAGUUGCCUCUCGGUCGCAGUGUGCUACUAAGAUCAGCGUCUUUCGCUCGCAACGAAACCAGCUUCAUUUCGUAAUCAAAACUCGUGUCCGACUACUGAGUAGUAUAGAUAGUAUCCAAUCAAGCGGGCGAUUGGUUGGCAUUUGAGAAGUUUCUUUGUUUCUCGGAUCAAGUACGUAAUUGAUUGCAGCGAAUGCAAGAGGCGCAUGAAAAGUUCGCCAUUUGCAGUGAGAAAUGUGUCAAUCUGUCAACACCAACGCGGAAGUUGAGUGUGAAAUGUUUAGUUAAACUGGAAUAGUUUAAAUACACCACGAUUAAUAAUCAAAAGGAAAUUAUAUGUAAUUUGCAAUAAAAAUGGAUCUCGUAGAACAACACCAUAAAACACUCCUUGACUGUCUUCUUAGGUUCCAAAAAGACGGCACAUUCACCGACGUCACGCUGAUAAUCAACGGUGACGAAUACAAUGCCCAUCGCACAAUCCUCGCCUGCCACUCACAAUAUUUCCACGCCAUGUUCCACUCGGACAUGCUCGAAUCCGCAUCACCAGUUGUGAAAAUCUCUGGUGUACGCUCACAAGGAUUCGAUCUUUUACUCCAUUAUAUGUACACUGGAUGUAUUGCUAUCAACGAAGACAAUAUCAUUGAUGUUAUCGCCACUGCCAACUACCUACAAGUAGAGCCAGUAUUACGAAAAUGUGUAGAGUAUCUGGAAUCAACAAUCAACAUGGAUAAUAUAUUCGAAGUCAUGGAUAUUGCCUAUAAAUAUCACUUGGAAUCAUUACGAACAAAAGUGUUCGAUUUGGUUAGCAGACAAUUCAUAUGCAGAGAAGAUGUUGUGCAAAAUUUGAAUGUGGAGCUGAUUCAGUUUGCUGUUAGCCAAGAUGUGCCUAUUGCAGGCAGGGAGGUUGAUGUUUUAAGGGUUGUUUUGGGCUGGUUUCUCACAGGAACAAAAAAUGAGAUUAAACAAAAAGAAAUCUCUGCAAAAUCAAUUCUACAACACAUCCACUUUGAAGAGAUAUCUUAUAAAUCAUUCGAAAGUUUACUACUUGAAUAUUUCCCAACUCCAAGCACAAAUAAUGAAACUCUGAAAGAUACACUCUUCGCAAUGUAUAAAUCAGCUCAAAAACUAACAUCAACCCCAAUUUUAUCCGAAGAUUCACGUUCUAAUCGUGGAAUGAAACCUGCCAUUAUCCGAGUUGGAGGAUUCACCGCCCGUGGAUUAACCAAUGGUGUUAGUUGUUCUUUUAUUGACGAGCGACACUGGCGUCCUUUGACGACAAUUCCCAGCGUGGCACAGUGUAACUAUGGUACUACAGUUCUACACAAUCGGUUGUAUAUUGUCGGCGGAUGUUUCAAUCAACUGAUGCUUGAAGUAGUCCAUCCGAGUAGUUACCGCUAUGAUCCAUGGUCAAACACUUGGGAACGUAUUGCAACCAUCAACGUUGAUAGAUGUCGGUUUACUCUCACUGCGAUGAAUGAUAAACUGUACGCUGUAGGUGGUGCGACUUUAGACGAUUCCGUGACCAGAACGGCUGAAUGUUAUGAUGUGAAGCGCGAUAAAUGGAAGUUUAUCGAAUCGCUACCCGAAUGUCGCCAGCAACAUGCUGCAGUAGCGCUAGAAUAUGAGGGUAAUAAUUUAUUGUUUGUUUCCGGGGGAUUGUUGAAUGAUACUGUGAUAGCGUCCAUGUUUAUGUAUAAUGAAAAGACCGGCACGUGGACGAGUUGUGCGCCAUUGCUAGCGCCAAGGACUGAUCAUGUUAUGUUUACGUAUAAAAAUGAGAUUUAUGUUUGUGGUGGAUGGUAUACUGAACCGGGGGUUUCGAUUUGGAGCAGAUGGUUGCGCACACAAGUGCCGACGAUUGAUGUUUAUAAUAUGCAGACAAAUACUUGGCGGCAUGUUACGACGGUGCCAAGACCAAGAUAUCAUGAGGAUGUGGUGCUACAUGGAUCAAAAUUGUAUAUGAUUGGUGGUUUUCAUAGGUGGAAUGUUUUCAACAAGCACACUGAGGUGGAAUGUUAUGAUUUUGAGACGGAUACGUGGACAAAAGAUGUGAAAAAUGAGCAGGACUUUUGGGAACAUGCUAUUGUCCUCAUGUCCAUUCCUAAAUAUAGUUAGUAAUAGUUUUAUUCCCUUUUAAAGUGAUUUUAAAAAAUUAUUUUGAUAAUAAAACAAAACCGUUGCCAGUAUUAUAAA